AUGUUUAGUUUCUAUUCAUCGAUUAUAUGUAUUAUUGCUUAUUCACAAAAACGUUUAUUAAAAACAAAAAAAUGGGCUGCUAUAUGUAUUGGAAUUCAAUGGAUAUUUUCUAUAAUUAUAUCAAUUUCAACAAUAUGCAUAACAGAAGAUGAAUGUAAUAAUAAUAUUCCAUUAUGGUUUAAUAUUUACCAACUUAUUGUUAUCUAUGCUUAUACUUUUACACGUCGAUUAGCUCCUGCACAAGGAACGAUAGCAAUAAUACGAAAUCCAUCAUUAUCAAAACGAGAUAUUUAUGUUCUUAAACAUAUGCUUUUUAUGUUUAUUGUAUAUGUAGCUGGUUGGGCACCCAUAUUUUUCUGUAUAGUUCUUGAACCAUCAUGGUUUAAUUUCUUAAUAUUUUCUUUUAUGCAAUUAUUUUCACAAUUAAGUAUGUUAAUAGAUAUUCUUGAUUUAAUUUUUUAUAAUCAUGACUUACGAAAUUAUUUAAAAAGAAAAAUUUUAUUUAUUCGACGAUAUGUAAUAAAUACUAUAGUAAUAGCCACAGGUGUUCAAGUACAUCCUACAUAA